GACAAAAACAAGUUUAAGCCAACCAGUGGCCGCCAGCCCAAUUGGCAGCUCUCCAUCGCCACCUAUAAAUGGUGGCAAUAAUGCCAAAAGGGUGGCAGUGCCGAAUGGUCAACCACCAAGCGCUGCCCGCUACAUGCCUCGGGAGGUGCCGCCGCGAUUUCGUUGCCAGCAGGACCACAAAGUGUUAUUGAAACGUGGGCAGCCCCCUCCGCCAUCUUGUAUGCUCCUUGGGAGUGGAGUAGGGCCUACUUCCUCUCCAGCACCUGGAGCAAAUCCAAACAACGCACAACCAGUAACAGGAGUGCUACUGCCAUGUGACAGUGGGACUGCAACCGAUUCAACAACUGGAGGUGCUGCUGCUUCAAAUUAUGCAAAUUCCACUUGGGGUCCAGGAGUGUCCUCCAACAGCACCAAUGUCAACCCUACUCACGUCUGGGACAAGGUGAUUGUAGAUGGGUCUGACAUGGAAGAGUGGCCUUGUAUUGCUAGCAAAGAUACUGAGUCUUCUUCCGAAAACUCCACAGACAACAACAGUGCCUCAACCUCCAGCUCAGAGAAGAGCGCUCUGCUAGGAAGCACCAGUAGCAACAAAGGAAAAGGAAACCAGUGCCAGUCUGGAAGCUCUGGUAAUGAAUGUAAUCUUGGGGCCUGGAAAUCCGACCCUAAGGCUAAACCUGUUCAAUCUUCCAGUCCUUCAGCAGAGAAUAAUGGUAGUCUAGCAAGCUGGAGAAACUUGAGUGGGCAGGAUAGAAUUGGCCCCAAUCCUGGCUUCAGCAACUUUAACCCAAAUAGCAACCCAUCUGCUUGGCCAGCACUAAUUCAGGAGGGCAAUUCAAGGAAAGGGACUUCAGAAACUGAUAAUGGUGGUUCAAAUGCACAGAUUAAUACAACAGGUCAGACUUCUAGGGAACAGCAGUCAAAGAUGGAAAAUGCGGGUGUUAAUUUUGUCUCUGGCAGAGAACAUGCUCAAAUCCACAACACUGAUGGACCAAAAAAUGGAAAUGCUACAUCCUUGAACUUAAGUUCACCAAACCCAGGAGAGAAUAAGGGAAUGUCCUUUGAAAUGGGCUUUGGGAACCCCUCCAGGAGCACUGAUACCCCUUCACAAAGCACUGGAGAGAGAAAAACUGGGAAUAUUGGGUCUUGGGGUACAGCUAGGGGGCCUUCUGGAAUGGACAGUGCUUCUAAUCAAAUUAAUUCUGGAAAUCAUGGGAACAAUGGGAAGGAUAGGGAAGACUUAUGGAAGGGAGCUUCUGUUCAAAAAUUGAAUGGGUCAAGAAAUGAAUCUUGGGAUAAUAGUAAUAGAUCUACGGGUGAUGGGUCUUGGACCAUUGGCCCUCAACACUCUGGUGAAAGUAAAUGGAAUGAAGGGAACAAAAUGACAUCAGGGAUGUCUCAGGGAGAAUGGAAACAGCCGUCUGGGUCUGAUGAACUGAAGAUUGGUGAAUGGAAUGGUCCAAACCAACCAAAUUCUAGCACUGGAGCAUGGGACAAUCAAAGGGGCCACCCGCUUCCUGAAAACCAAGGUAAUUCCCAAGCUCCCUGUUGGGGAAGAUCUUCUAGUUCUGCAGGAAGUGAGAUUGGAGGUCAAAGCACUGGAAGCAACCAUAAAGCAGGAAGCAGUGAUAGUCACAAUUCUGGACGCCGAUCAUACAGGCCUACACAUCCUGAUUGUCAGGCAGUUUUGCAAACUUUAUUAAGCAGGACUGAUUUAGAUCCCCGAGUGCUUUCAAAUACUGGUUGGGGUCAAACUCAAAUUAAGCAAGAUACUGUUUGGGAUAUAGAAGAGAUGCCAAGAGCUGAAGGCAAGUCUGAUAAAGGUACUGAGGGGUGGGAGAGUUCUGCCAUACAGACAAAGAACUCAGGGGGCUGGGGAGAUGCACCCAGCCAAAGCAAUCCAAUCAAGUCUGGAUGGGGUGAGCUUUCAACUCCAGCAGAAUGGAAAGAGCCCAAAAACACUGGAGGAUGGAAUGAUUACAAGAGCAGUUGUUCUAACUGGGGAGGAGGAAGACCAGAUGAAAAAGUCACAGUAUCUUGGAAUGAAAAUUCCAGCAAAGACCCAGGAUGGAAUGGGCGGCCACCUAAUCAGGGAUGGUCUUCUGGGAAGAAUGGCUGGGGAGAAGAAGUUGACCAAACAAAAAAUGGCAAUUGGGAAACUUCAGGAAACAAGUCAACAUCAGGUUGGUGUGAAGGUGGCCAAAAUGAGAUUGGCACUUGGGGUAAUAAUGCAAAUUCAAAUUCUUCUAAAGCAGGGUGGGAUAAUAAUAAAAGAACUCCAGCAUGGAAUGAUACUGGUAGACAACCCAGUUCCUGGAAUAAUCCACAACAACAUCAUCAGCAGUCAGAGGCACCCAGUUCCUGGGACCCACCACCACCUCCAGCACCACAGCCUCCAGGUAAUGGGAGGCUACCCAAUUCUAACUGGAACAGUGGGCCACAGUCAACUGUCUCAAAGGAUGAAGAACCCAGUGGCUGGGAAGAACCAUCCCCCCAGUCAAUUAGUCGUAAAAUGGAUAUUGAUGAUGGCACCUCAGCAUGGGGAGACCCCAAUAGUUACAACUAUAAAAAUGUGAACCUGUGGGACAAGAACUCGCAAAGUGGACAAGCUUCACGAGAACAGAACCUCCCUCCUCCAAGGCCUAGCAAAGUAACAGCCUCAGUCUGGAACAAAAGCACACCUCCUGCACCAGAUAAUGGUACCGCUGCUUGGGGUGAACCAAAUGAAGCCAGUCCUGGUUGGGGUGAAGUAGAGGAUGCAGGGACUUCUACCACAUGGGGAAAUGGAUCCUCCAGUGCAUCCAAUGCCAUAAAAUCUAAUUCCAAAUCACCUCAAGAUGGCUGGGGCGAUAAUGAUGGGCCAGUAUCAGGAACACGGCAUUCCAGCUGGGAAGAGGAGGAAGAGGGAGGAGUCUGGAACACAGCAGGCUCUCAGGGAAGUAAUUCCUCCCAUAAUUCAACUAGCUGGGGACAAGGAGGAAAGAAACCACAAAUUAAGUGUUCAUUAAAAGGAGGAAGUAGUGAUUCGUGGAUGAAUACCUUAUCUGAUCAGAUUUCAAAUAUGGGAUUGUUGAAUCAAACUGAGGAUACUUCAGGCAAUAAGGUGGACUUAUCAGUAGGUGGUCUCCAAGAUAAGAAGUUUGAGGUAGACAAACGAGGCAUGAAUCUUGGAGACUUUCAUGACAUAAUGAGAAAGAAUAGAUCUGGUUUUCGUCCUCCUAACUCCAAAGAUAUGGGAAACCCAGAAAGUGGGCCUUACUUUGAAAAGGGUGGCAAUCAAGGUCUGUUUGGAAAUAGCACAGCACAAUCGAGAGGGAUGCACCCACCAGUGCAGUCGCUAAAUCCUUCCCCCAAUAUUCGGGCACAAGUGCCUCCUCAAUUUCUUUCCCCCCAGGUUUCUGCCUCUAUGCUUAAGCAAUUUCCUAACAGUGGUCUGAAUCCAGGCCUUUUCAGUAUGGGGCCCCAACUUUCUCCUCAACAGAUUGCUAUGUUGAGCCAACUUCCACAGUUUUCUCAGUUUCAGCUUGCUUGUCAAUUGCUCCUCCAGCAGCAGCAGCAGCAACAACAACAACAACAACUGUUACAAAAUCAGAGAAAGAUUUCUCAAGCUGUACGCCAACAACAGGAACAACAGCUUGCCCGUAUGGUAAAUGCCCUUCAACAACAGCAAAGACAGCCGGGCAUGAAACAUUCUCCAUCCCAUCCAGUUGGACCUAAGCCUCAUUUAGACAGUAUUGUAUCUAGUGGUCUAAAUAUGGGUUUCUCAGAUAUAUCAACCAAAGGGCAGAUUCCUGGAUAUAAUUCAGGUUUUGGUUCAAGUAGCAUGGAUUAUGGCAUGGUAGGAGGGAAAGAAACUGGAACAGAAUCUCGCUUUAAACAGUGGACUUCUAUGAUGGAUGGAUUGCCACCUGUAGCUUCCCAAGAUGCCAGUAUGCACAAAAAUGGGACAAUUGUGCCCCCUGGAAAAGCUCGAGGGGGAUCUCCCUAUAACCAAUUUGACAUAAUUCCUGGCGACCCACUGGGCAGCCAUACAGGUCCUGCUGGUGAUAGUUGGCUACCAGCCAAAUCCCCACCAACAAGUAAAAUUGGAAGCAAAUCCAGCAAUGCCAGCUGGCCACCAGAAUUUCAGCCAGGAGUGCCGUGGAAAGGUAUUCCAAACAUUGAUCCAGAAUCUGACCCUUAUGUGACCCCAGGAAGUGUGCUGGGAGGUACAGUCACAGCCCCCAUUGUAGAUACGGAUCACCAACUUCUGCGGGAUAACAGCACAGGGUCUAAUUCUUCCCUCAACACCUCGCUGCCUUCACCUGGUGCCUGGCCCUACAGUGCCUCUGACAAUUCUUUCACAAAUGUUCAUAGCACUUCAGCAAAAUUCAGUGAUUACAAAUCAACAUGGUCCCCAGAUCCCAUAGGACCUAAUCCUGCUCAUCUCUCUACCAAGUUAUGGAAAAACCAUAUUUCCUCAAGAAACACUACAGGGCUGCCACGCCCACCUCCUGGUCUGAGUAAUCCGAAAACAUCCUCUCCUUGGAGCAGCACAGCACCCCGCUCACUCAGGGGAUGGGGUGCACAGGAUUCAAGGCUUGCCCCUGCCUCUACUUGGAGUGAUGGUGGUUCUGUACGUCCCAGUUACUGGCUGGUUCUUCACAAUCUCACUCCGCAGAUUGAUGGGUCAACUUUAAGGACCAUCUGCAUGCAGCAUGGUCCAUUGCUGACAUUCCAUCUCAACCUGACCCAAGGCACCGCCCUUAUCCGGUACAGCACCAAGCAGGAGGCAGCUAAGGCCCAGACUGCACUGCACAUGUGA